UCCUCCUCCUCCUCCUUAUUAUUAUUAUUUUUGGGGUUCCAUUGACUGUUCUUGGCCAUGUUCCGCCAAAAGCCGGGAGGAGGAGGAGGAGGAAGCCUAGAGGACGAGGAGGAGGAGGAGGAGGAGAGCCCACAGCAGCCGCAUUUCACCUGCAGCAGGUCAUGCUCCAGGCCAACCCCGCUGCCACCUCUACCGCCAUGGAAGAGCAGCUGCGGGAACAACAGCGCCACCUCCUGGUCCUGCUCAACGCCGCCUCUUCCUCGCGGCCCUUCUCCACACUCUGGCCUCCUGGCAACACUUCAGCUUCUGCCACUGGGAGCCCCUCGGACCUCUCUCCGGCCACCGGAGCCACCGCCGCAGCCACAGUGGGGAGCGAGGAUGGGGCGGGCAGCGGCGGGGGUGGUGGGGGCAGUGGCAGUGGUGUGGGCAGUGGAGGAGGCAGCGGAGCAGGCAGCGUAUCAGGCGGCAGCGGUGGAGAUGUAUCCGCAGUGGCCGUCGCAGUCAAUCCAUGGGAUGUGGCCCUGUGUGCCACGGGAACAGCGGUAGCGUGCGAGAACGCGUUGGUCCUGGCCGUGCUCUUCUACUCACCCAACCUCCGGGCACCCAUGUUCCUCCUCAUUGGAAGCCUGGCCUUGGCUGACUUGCUGGCCGGCGUGGGCUUGGUGGUCAACUUCAGCGUUCAGUACCUACUGCAACCGCCCAGUCAGGCAGCUACUUUGGGGGCGGCCGCCUUGCUGCUGACGGCCUUCUCGGCCUCGGCGGGCAGCCUGCUGGCCAUCACCGUGGACCGCUACCUGUCGCUCUACAACGCCCUGACCUACCACUCGGAGCGCACGAGGACCUUCACCGCCACUUGCCUGCUCUGCCUGUGGCUCCUCUGCUUGGCGCUGGGCUUGCUCCCACUCCUGGGGUGGAACUGCUUCCGCCACCCGACAUGCAGUGUCCUGCGGCCCAUCACCAAGGACAACGCCGCCCUCCUGGCUGCGGCCUUCCUCCUCCUCUUUGCCCUCAUGCUCCAGCUCUACUCCCGCAUCUGCAAGGUGGCAUGCCGCCACGCUCAGCAGAUCGCCGUGCAGCACCAGUUCACGGCGUCCUCCGCCUCCUCUUCCUCCUGCCCUGGCGCUCCGGCCUCGCCUUCCGGCCGCAAGGGAGUGACCACUCUCUCCUUGGUGCUGGGCACCUUUGCACUCUGCUGGAUGCCCUUUGCCAUCUACUCCCUAGUGGCCGACGCCACUUACCCGCCUAUCUACACCUACGUGCUGGCCCUCCCGGCUGCCUGCAACUCCCUCAUCAACCCGGUCAUCUACGCCUUCCGCAACGCCGACAUCCAGAAGUCCCUCUGGCUGGCCUGCUGCGGCUGCAUCCCGGCGAGGUUCUCCUCCCGGCCCCGGACGUCCAGCGAUGUGUGAGAAGGCGGCGUAAAGAUAUGGGGGGGCCACGCGUGGAUCGGGGAGGACGAGUUGGCCUUUUCCUCCUCAAUGCAAGAAUGGAGGAGGAAGAGGAUGAAGUAGAAGAAGAGGGGGGAAGUUGGCGAGAAAGAAAGGCUGGAACCUUACUUGCAUCAGAGCCAGGCGUUCGCGGCAGACGGCACCUCUUCAAAUAAGGGUUAUUUUCAUACAUGGGAUGAAUUUAUUUUUGGUAGGUUCUCUCACUUUGGCCUUCCGCCUGGCAUCUCGGGAUGGUGCCAGAUGUGACCCAAACAUAUCCACCCUCGGCCUGAUUUUGACUCUCACGUUGCAUGGAUCCCACUUCAACUGCUUUGUUGUUGUUGUUGUUAGUCCAUCUGGGUUCCAAAUCCCUAAGAUCCAUCCUUCGGCAAUUCAAAUGUGGUCAAAGUUCUGUAGCUACAUGGUAUGAAAGAGGUUGUGUGAGUUUCCAAGAGGCUGGACCAUGGAAGGAAUGCUCAAGGUGGAGCUCCAAAUGCCAGCAUGCUUGCACUAGGGAAGAAUUGUGUCCUUUGUGGUGACUGUUGGCUCUCAUAUCAAUGAGACCAUCAAGCAUCACUACCUGAUCCUUGCGGAGUCAUGGCCAACUGCCAACCAGGGUUGGUAGUCAACCUCAGUUCAUGUUCUUCUGAAAUGCUUUUCCUCCAAGAAAGGACCAUCUCGGGAUGGUGCCAGAUGUUACCCAAGCAUAUCCACCCUCGGCCUGAUUUUGACUCUCACGUUGCAUGGUUAUAACCCUUGGAUCCCACUUCAACUGCUUUGUUGUUGUUGUUGUUAGUCCAUCCGGGUUCCAAAUCCCUAAGAUUCAUCCUUCGGCAAUUCAAGUGGGGUCAAUGUUCUGUAGCUACAUGGUAUGAAAGAGGUUGUGUGAGUUUCCAAGAGGCUGGACCUUGGAAGGAAUGCUCAAGGUGGAGCUCCACAUGCCAGCAUGCUUGCACUAGGGAAGAAUUGUGUCCUUCGUAGUGACUGUUGGCUCUCAUAUCAAUGAGACCAUCAAGCAUCACUACCUGAUCCUUGCGGAGUCAUGGCCAACUGCCAACCAGGGUUGGUAGUCAACCUCAGUUCAUGUUCUUCUGAAAUGCUUUUCCUCCAAGAAAGGACCAUCUCAGGAUGGUGCCAGAUGUGACCCAAACAUAUCCACCCUCGGCCUGAUUUUGACUCUCACGUUGCAUGGUUAUAACCCUUGGAUCCCACUUCAACUGCUUUGUUGUUGUUGUUGUUAGUCCAUCCGGGUUCCAAAUCCCUAAGAUCCACCCUUCAGCAAUUCAAGUGUGGUCAAAGUUCUGGAGCUACAUGGUAUGAAAGAGGUUGUGUGAGUUUCCAAGAGGCUGGACCUUGGAAGGAAUGCUCAAGGUGGAGCUCCAGAUGCCAGCAUGCUUGCACUAGGGAAGAAUUGUGUCCUUCGUGGUGACUGUUGGCUCUCAUAUCAAUGAGACCAUCAAGCAUCACCACCUGAUCCUUGCGGAAUCAUGGCCAACCGCCAACCAGGGUUGGUGGUCAACCUCAGUUCAUGUUCUUCUGAAAUGCUUUUCCUCCAAGAAAGGAGGGAAGCAUUGGGUGGAGAAUGUGAAGUAGAGUCUCGUUGGCAUGUGAGGCUGUGCUUUGGGUUGGGUUAUAUGGUAGAGUCUUGUUUAUCUGACAUAAAACAGCGGAAAAACAAAAAAUUCAGAUAAUACGGAGUCUUCUCUUACCCAUCUGAUGCGGUGCUAGACACCUAGAAUGCUAACAACAGGGACUCAAAGAGUUAAGGCAAGGCAACGCCUCAGGG